AAGAACAAUAACGAUUUCCUCACCGUAUGUCCACUUCUUUACUCGUGGCAUACAGUGUUCCAUAGCACCUGAGAUUUGGAGAGAAGCAAUAACCUCAGGGAUCUUGGACCAGUAUGGCAACAAGCUACACACCUCCCUUUGAUGAUCCUGGAGAGGUGAGAGAGGGCUUUCUAUGCCCGCUGUGUCUAAAGGAUCUGCAGUCAUUUCAACAGCUCCAAUCUCACUAUGAAGAACAUUCAAGUGAAGACAGAGAUGUUAAAGGACAACUAAAGAAUCUUGUUCAAAAAGCAAAAAAAGCAAAAAAUAAACUGUUGAGACGAGAUGAUGAACGAAGUGAUGGUGGGUCUCAGGAACGAUAUGAAAGCUACAGUUAUGGUGGAAUGGAUCCAUAUAUGUGGGAACUGGAAGAAUUAGGUGCUAUAAGGAGUCAUCUUUCUGAUUUUAAGAAACACAGAGCAGCCAGAAUUGAUCACUAUGUUGUGGAAGUGAAUAAAUUAAUAAUCAGGUUAGAAAAGCUUACUUCCUUUGACAGAACAGUUACAGAUUCUGCAAAGAUAAGAGCAAUAGAGAAAUCUGUUGUGCCUUGGGUUAGUGAUCAAGAUGUACCAUUUUGUCCAGACUGUGGUAACAAAUUCAGCAUACGGAACAGGCGCCAUCACUGCCGCCUCUGUGGGUCUAUCAUGUGCAAGAAGUGCAUGGAACUGGUCAGUCUCCCCUUUGCAAGCAAACUUACUACUGCUAGCAAGGAAGUCUUGGCCUCUCAUACUAGCCCCAGCUGCUCACCCAAUAGCAUCCAGGGCUCUCGACGAGGUAGCAUCAGUAGUAUAAGCAGUGUCAGUUCUGUUUUGGAUGAAAAAGAUGACGAUCGAAUCCGUUGCUGUAGACACUGUAAAGAUACGCUGCUCAAAAGGGAACAACAGAUUGAUGAAAGAGAAUAUAUACCAGAUAUUGUGAAACUGUAUGAGAAACUCCGAUUUUACAUGGAAAAAGUUGACCAGAAGGCCCCAGAAUACAUAAAGAUGGCAGAAUCAUUAAAUUCCGGAGAGACAACAUACAAUCUUGAUCGUGCUAGCAAUCUUAGAAUAGAAGUACAGAGAAUGUAUGAAUUAAUAGAUGCUUUAAGCAAGAAGAUUCUGACUUUAGGGCUGAAUGAAGAUCCACAACCUCAUCCCAGAACUUUACAGCUACAGAGGAUGAUUAGAUAUUCAGCCACACUUUUUGUUCAGGAAAAAUUGCUUGGCCUAAUGUCUUUACCGACCAAAGACCAGUAUGAAGAACUGAAAGAGAAAAAGAAACAAGACUUAGAGAGAAAACUGCAAAUGGAGAGACUGGCAAGCUCACAAACCCAUAGACGACAAGAAGAGAAGCCAGCAGACUACGCUUCCAGAUCCUUAGCAGUGUCCAAUGGUGAGGUCCAUCGAACAAAAAGGGUCGCAGUGAAGAAAGCUGAAGGAUGGCUACCUACUGCUAGCAUAUCUCGGAACCAGGAACUCACAGACCCACUUCUUCAACAGAUCGAUAAUAUCACAUCCUAUAUUAAGCAGGCAAAGGAAGCCAAUCGUCUGGACGAAGUCCAAAUGCUGCAGGAGAACCUGCGACAGCUUCAGGACGAGUACGACCAACAGCAAACAGUCAAAGCCAUUGAGCUUUCCAAAAAGCAAGCAGAGAUGGAGGAAAUGCAGAGAGAACAAUUGCAGAUCCUUUGUGAAAAAGAAUGGAAAAGGGACCAUAAAAAAAAGAUGUCUCAACAUUCACGGACCCGUUCUCUGGAUUUCAGAGAAGUGAAGCAUGAUAAACUUGAGAUUGAGAGGGGAAGUAUAAACCAAAUAGCACAGGCCUUGGAUCUAGAUAAGCUUCAGGACAAAGAUUACGCUGGCUCUAAGGCUGCUUUCCCAAGUGAUGGUAUUGGAUUGCCAGAUAGCAAGAAUCUGGUUUUGGUUUGCCAACCUGUAAAAGCCUCAGAGCGUGAAAAACCCUCCAUAAAUCCGUUUGAAGAACCUUUAAUAAUUAGCCCUCCAAAGAGUGACCCUGAAAGUCCUGUUGCUGAAAAUUCUGCAGUAGUUCCCUUGCCUACCAAUACUCUGCAGAGUUAUAUAAGAGAGUAUAAUCCAUUUGAGGAGGAGGAAGAGCAGCAGGAUUGUCAACAGGCAAACGGCGUAGAGCUCAGUGCUCCAAACCCAUUUGAAGAUUCUGUUGGAAAUCCAUUUUAUACACCUGUAGGUAAUCAGGAAUCUGGGAAUCCAUUUGAAGAAUCAUUGUCUUCCUCUUUGAAUCCUUUUGAAGUUGAAAGUGAUCAUGAAGUUUCAAGAGAAGAUGUCAUAGAAGAGGAAUUACUUCUCCAACAGAUUGAUAAUAUCAAAGCAUAUAUUUUUGAUGCCAAACAAAGUGGACGAAUGGAUGAGAUAGAAGUAUUGACUGAGAAUUUGAAAGAACUUAAGAGCACCCUUGCAAAACAGAAGAAGAAAUUGAGGUGCUGAAGUAUAUCCGCAUAUUUUUGCAACUCCCAAAGGGAGGGAAGGUCAAGAUAAAAUGAGAAAUACAUUGCAAAAGGCACUUGGGUGCUGAAUUAAACUUAGGCACUUUGGUGUAGGAAUUUCCACUAUUCAAAUCUGUAAAAGUCAACACUAUUUAAAAUGUUGUAAUUACCCGAAACUGUUUUUCAAAUACUGAAAGUCUGUAUUUGUAUCCCAGCCCAAAUUUAGGAGCACAAUUGUAUUUCUCAGCACCUGCUUUAUUUCUGAUGUAAAAUUCAAAGGGGGAAAUUGGGCAUUUUAAAAUGCAGGAAUUUAUUUGCAGUCUGUAUGACUUCCGAAUUUAUUUUCUCUCACCAGGUAGGGUUGUAUGUGCUUAAAAAAAAAGUGCUUCAAACCACCUUUUUUGCUUCCUAAGGCAGAAGCAACUUGUGUAGCAACCUGGAAAACCUUUUGCUGCUUCAUAGAAACAUGGUGCUCACAUGAGUCCAUUUCUUCAGAAUUGUGUUUGAUUCUUGCACAGCCCAGCUAAUAAGGAAUUAAUAUUGUCUUAGAAAUUCUCUGUUUUCCUACCAACUUUAUAUUGGGGAAGCGGAAGAGAGAAAAUAACUUACUGUUCAAUAAAAUAAAGUCAUUCAUUGGUAAAGCAACAUAUAUAUUUCUAAAAACAUAUGUACAUAUGUUUUAGAAAACAAAUGCAUAAAUCCUAACUAGAC